UUUUCUUACUUUCCUAGCUUAUCCUCCUCCUUCUUCUUCUUCUCUCUCUCUCUCUCUCUCGCUCUCUCUAUAUUUGAAAGUGAUUGAAAGAGAAGCUUAGUAAAAGUUUAAUCUUUUAAGGUGGUAGUAAAUAGCAAUGGGAGCUCGUUGCUCCAAGAUAUCGAUGUGUUUUUGGGCAUCAGAUAUGAAGUCAAAUCUCAAAGAGUUUUCCGACAUUGAGAAUGGAGCGAAGGGAGAAGAUUUGUUGUUGGGGAGUUUCAGAGAGUUCAGCUUAGAUCAACUUCGUGAAGCAACUUGGGGUUUCUCUUCAGAGAACAUAGUAUCAGAGCACGGAGAGAAAGCUCCAAAUGUUGUUUACGAAGGGAAGCUUGAAGAUGAUAUUCGGAUCGCUGUUAAGCGCUUCAACAAGUCUGCUUGGCCAGAUUCUCGCCAAUUCCUAGAGGAAGCGAGAGCAGUGGGCCAGCUAAGAAGCGAGAGAUUAGCGAAUUUGAUAGGGUGUUGUUGUGAAGGGGAGGAGAGAUUGUUAGUUGCUGAGUUCAUGCCUAAUGACACUCUUUCUAAACAUCUUUUCCAUUGGGAGGCUCAGCCUAUGAAAUGGGCAAUGAGGCUGAGAGUGGCUAUGUAUUUGGCGCAAGCUUUGGAUUAUUGUAGCAGUAAAGGCAGGGCAUUAUAUCAUGACCUUAAUGCUUACAGAGUUUUGUUUGAUCAGGAUGGAAAUCCGAGGCUCUCCUGCUUCGGCCUUAUGAAGAAUAGCCGAGAUGGCAAGAGCUAUAGUACAAACUUGGCUUUCACCCCUCCAGAAUACUUGAGAACAGGAAGAGUGACAACAGAAAGUGUAGUUUACAGCUUUGGCACCCUAUUGCUCGAUCUGCUCAGUGGCAAACACAUCCCUCCCAGCCAUGCACUUGACUUGAUACGUAGCAAAAAUUUUCUGAUGCUGAUGGAUUCAUGUUUGGAGGGUCAUUUCUCAAAUGAUGAUGGAACUGAAUUAGUGCGAUUAGCCUCACGUUGUUUACAGUUUGAAGCCCGCGAGAGGCCAAAUGCUAAGUCUCUUGUGUCUUCUCUUGCCCUUCUUCAGAAAGAAACACAGGUCCCAUCACAUGUUUUGAUGGGAAUACAGCAUGUGACUGCAUCCCCAAAGGAAGCGGUGCCAUUAACGCCUCUGGGUGAAGCUUGCUCAAGAAGGGAUCUUACUGCAAUACAUGAAAUGUUAGAAACUGUUGGAUACAAGGAUGAUGAGGGGGUGGCAAAUGAGCUUUCCUUCCAAAUGUGGACAAAUCAAAUACAGGAAACGCUGAAUUCUAAGAAGCGUGGAGAUUCUGCUUUUCGAUCUAAGGACUUUGCUAAUGCGCUUAGUUAUUACACACAAUUCAUCGAUGGUGGGACCAUGAUAUCACCAACUGUGUUUGCCAGACGCUGCUUGUGUUACUUGAUGAGUGAAAUGCCACAAGAAGCUCUUGGAGAUGCAAUGCAAGCCCAGGUAAUAGCUCCUGAAUGGCCUACUGCCUUCUAUCUUCAAGCAGCUGCCCUCUUCAACCUUGGGAUGGACAAUGAUGCACAGGAAAGUCUUAAAGAUGGAACAUCCUUGGAAACACAAAGACACAGAAACUGAAAGUGUAUAGGUUUUUUUACCCCUUUCUUCUUGCAUUAGGGACAAAAGAAAAGAAAAAAAUAGCAAACGAAAAUACCCCUUGUAUCUAUCUUUAUCCAUCUCUUCCUUUCCUUGGCUUAUUAGUUUCUACAGCACCUGAGGAUUAAUGUCCAAUUUACGUUUGAUCAAUGUUCUUAAUUA